AUGAGAAAUCUUACUUUGACAAACCUCUAUAUAACUCUUAUGGUAUUUGCCAUCUUUGUGAAAAAUGGCUUUAAUGUUAAUGCCUCAACUAUCAAAGCAACAUUACAAAGAAAUAUUCACGAUAAAGAAUUAAUAGCUCGACAACAACUCGAAACAAUAUAUUGUAGUGAAGAAUUCGAUAUCCGUAAAGCUACUGCUUUGGAUGUUGGGAUACCUGGAAAUACAAUUAUUACAAAACUAACUAUAGAAUGCGACAGUAACUCAGUAAGAGCUAGUAUUAAUAGUUACGGAUUACAGAAAUAUAUUGACAACCGGUUUGUUGAUAUGAAAGGUGUUACUAUGAAACCAUUAGAAGAUACAGCAAUUCCUAAAAAUAUAAGUUCGUUUGUUAUUGGAAGAUAUUUACUCAGUGCAGACCCUUCUGAAUGUCUUAAUGCUCCCCAAGAAGGAUUGCAUGUCAUAGCUCGUGUAUGUGUGAGUUUCAGUGCGCCAGGUUAUGAAAAAUUGUAUGAGGUGCCAUGUACAUCUGAACAAAAUUUUAUAAAAGGUUGUCCUCCUAACUCUAAAAAACCAGACUCCGAAGACUCUGAUUCCGAAAACACUGACUCUGAAGAUCUUUUUCCUUGUUACAACAAUACCUCCUCUACCAUUCCCUCUAACACCACCUCUUCCCCUAAUAUUACCUCUUCCCCUCUAUAUUGUACCCAUACUAAAUUAAAUUAUUCCUCCUCUCCCUUUUCUCCUUCUUCCUCUUUUCUCGCUUUCUUUCCUUUUGUCUUUUCUUUUAUCUCUUUUUUCCUAUUGUGA